AGCUCGCAGGGUAGCCUAGGGUACUGCCUGAAACCGCUGCAGCCACGGCUCCUUUGAGGAGAAAGCGGGGCUUGAGGAUGGUCAGAGCGACGAGCAUUCCAUCGACGACCCCCCCAUUCCCCAGAUCUGCGUCCUCGCCGCAUCUCUCAGCGAGCAUAUCACGCCGAACCAUGAAGAACACCUGGAGGCGGGGCAGCGGCAGCCUCCUCUGCACAGGGGCAUUUGUCAUCUGCCUGUGGUCUUUGCUGGUGACCGCUGGAGCCUUUCAUCUGCGGCCGACCUCAGUGCUUGUGGCGAGGGGGAGAGUCGGCUUCCCUGCCCUGGGAGGGAUGCAGCUGCAGCGAUUGAGAUCAAGGUGGGCCGCGUUGGCCACUCGCUGAGAUGCUGACGCUCGGAUCUGGCUCAUCCCUCUCAUGCUCCUCGGCGCGUCACGCGUGUCUGUGGUGUGUGGUGUCUGUCAGGCCUGUGUGGGGUGGGAGCCAUCUUGUGUUGUCGAUGGCCGACGAUGACGACGACGAUGACGAGGAUGAGGACGAGGAAGAAGAGGCUGCCGAGGAGGAGGAAGAAGAAGAGGAAGGUGCGCGAGGGAGCGACGCCACUGCAUCUUCAUGCUCGUGUUCUUAUUGUUCUGUGUGUGUGGGGGGUGCUGCAGCGAAGGAUGAGCUGCGUGUGGGCAAAUUCCGCACCACCUGGAAGAUCGGCAACGUUGAAGAGGUCAGACGACGACCGCCGAGUACACGGCGUACUGACUCCAUGGGUGUGUGUGUGUUGUGUCCCAUGUGUGUUGCAGAAGCUGCGUUGGCACUGGCGCGAGAUGAAGUCGCCUCCCCUCCGCACAUCCCGGUUCCCCUUCAUGGGCACUCGCGGAUUCCAGCUCAAAUUCUGGCCAGAUGGGAAUGACUCAUCCAAGAAGGGGUGAGGGACGAAGCACCACGAAACAACACACAUGGGGAUGGUGGCCCAUUCAUUCAUUCUACUCUUAUUUUGAUGGAUGGUCUGUCUGGUCUGGUGCAUCAGGUACUGUGCUUUGCACCUGCACUACCCGGAGAACUGGGGUGCCCUGACCCAGCCCAUCACUCUCUUCGUCGGCCCGUACAAGAGGGGACCUCUGACCUACCGAUCCCAGGAAUACUGGAAGGUCAGCAAACCACACCACAGACACCAAGUGACUCACAUUCAUAUGGGCCCCUGUGUUGUGUGCUCAUGCCUGUCUGUUUGUCUGUCUGUCUGUGCACUGCAGGCUGCGAUGUCGCUGUGCCGUCUUGAGGAUCUGGAUCUGUCCAGCGAUGAGCUGGAGGUCGGCGUCGAGGUCGGCACGGCGUGACCGACGAUAUGUGUCUGUCAAGGGCAUCGCAUCCGUCCAUCCCAUCCACCUUUCGAGUGGCUGCUGAGCUGAUAUGCACCAGCCAGCGAUGCAUGCAUGCCUCGAGAGCUGAGUGAGAGAUGUUGUGUGUCAUUUCAACAAGGCGACCAGUGAGUGGUCUGACGAAUGAAGCUAGCUGUGAAUGGACUCACUCGACGAGUGAGCUGCGCUGCAUCUUGAUGCGUCAAUGCAGUGCGACAGACACGAGUGAGUACACACAAGUUAUUGAAUCAAUCUACACAAGGUAAAC